AUGCAUAGACAUAACACAAAUAGUCCAGUAAAUAACGGCACAAUAGAGAACACUUGCUGCACAGAUAGCAGCAAUGGGCGUGCAGCAGAGAGUACUUGUAUGGCAGCGUGCAGAAAUAGUGCGCCAGUGUGCAGAAACAUUGGAAAUGCAAUGGCUGGGAUACCCAGAAAGAACAGAACGCUUUCGGUGCUCUACAAAGGCAGGAUAUUCUAUGCGCUGGACAGAGCCGUGGUAUCAGUCCCCGUAGAAGAGAGAGCAGGCAGUACUUGUGGUGCAGUGUACAGUAAUAUUGAGUACAUGACCACAGUAGAUAGCACUAUUUCUGCUAUGUACAUUAACUACGACACAGUUUCAUUGGGCACUGUGGCGGGAGAGGUUGUUCUGAUGGACUUGAAAAGCAGCAGCAUACUUUUUAAGGACAGUGUCAAUACGGCAGUGUACAGCAUAUCCCACACACAAGAGAGCAUCCUUGUAUCAAUACAGUAUCAACUGCUGAAAAUAGAAAUAGAGACCAGCACUUCUGAGAAAGUGUGUAGUAAUAAAUGCACAAUGGAGAAUGCUUCUGAGACAGCGUGCAACAAUUAUACAACAGUCAGGGAGAUGAAUGACAUUGUCCUAUUCAGCGAUGUCAUUCACACGAAUGGUGGCAGUGUGGUGGUCUAUUCGAACUCAAACAGCCUAUUUGUCGAUGAGCAGUGUGUUACCUACACAGGCAAUGUGGUGUUCGCGCGGGCUAUUUGUCUUCCCGAUGGAUCGGUGCGCGUUGUAACAGGCCUCAGCACACGAAAGGUGUACAUCUACGAGUACCAGAACAAGAAGCUGAAGCUGAAACACCUAGUUACCACACAGAGCCUGAUAAGUGAUGGGAUUCUUCUGCCAAAUAACACACUCAUAGUACUAAAUAAUAGCAUAAGCAUAUACGAGCACAGCAGCAUGAUGGAGUGUGUGGGAAUGGUAGGGCCAUACGAUGAAGACAUAGUGAAGGCGCUAGUUGCCACAGACAGUGCAGCAAGUAGCAGCAGUGCAUUGUCACAUGCUGCACACAGCCCGAUAGAUAAUGCAGACACACUCAGUACCCCACAUAAUGUUACUACCUCUGCAGCAGGGAGCAGUAGUGCAUCGGAAGUAGACAGGAUUAUCGACAGCCUGUACAUCAUAUUGAGCUCAGGCGGAGUGUUUAAGUAUGCCCCGCGCAAGAAGACCUUGCCUUCUUCAGAUAGCAUGCCCUGCCCAGUAAAUAAUAGCAACCCAUCACUACUUAUAGCACACAGUGCACUAACUAGCGUGUACCACAUGCUAGACAGACUGAGCGCCCUGAGGAACACUGCUGUAAACAUCACGUCAGGCAACAUGGCGCCUAUUAAAGCCAUGGAAGUGUACAAAGACUGUGUUAUAACAGCUAGUGCCUCGACUGUGCGCAUGUUCAAAAUACGCAACCACCAGCUAGUAGAAGUGUUCAGGCCUGUGAUCGAUGGCUUCCCUGUCAAUGCCUUCGUCACCGACUGGAACGGCGACUCUCUCCUUACAAACAGCAACAAUAUUCUGAAAGUCUACAAAUCUACAAAACUGUACACUUUUGUUGUUAACGAUGUAAUUGAAAAGAUAGAGCCGUUUAUCUCAAAAUAUGCCAGCUAUAUUUCCUUACUGAGUGAUUCCGCCGUUGAUUUUGACAAACUGAAAAAUGACUCUGUCAUUCUCGAAAAAGAGGUGGAGCAUUUCACAAAAAACAGCCUCUCAAUCUACGACCAUCUUGCAUUCACAGCUGUAAAACAAGAACUAUCUCUAACCACAGUGCCUAUACCAUCCCCUACUCCUGAAGAGUCCGAAUACAUCUACAAGACAAUAGGAGCAGACACAGGCCUGUCGAACAACCACCUCCUAGAAACAGACAAAAUAUACGGGUUCCCAUUUGAGAUAUCCACAAUGCUAAAAAUAAACCAGACGCUGCUUGUCAGCUGCAACUCGUCGCAGAAAGAGUUCUCAAAUCUGUUCGUUCUGAACAAAGAUCUGGAAACAGUGCAGAAAGUAUUUGCGCACACAAAAACGAUCACACACAUUCUGUCAUCUGAGAGCGUAGUGCUUACAAUUGGAAAAGACAGAGCAAUUGCCAUUUACAGAAUGCUGCAGAAUGAAAAUGCUCCAGUUGAACUGCUGGAUACAAAAACAGACCAUAAGAAGGAAAUACUCACAGGAUACUUUAGAGACAACAGAAUCAUCACGGCAUCAAAAGAUAACACAGUAAAAACAUACGAAAUAAAAAACGAAAAGCUGUCCAUAGUAAAGACAGAGACAGUUUACAAUCCAGUUACAUCGAUAAACUCUCUGGAAAUAAAGACAAAAACAGUUCUUAUUCUAGGAGACACGAACGGCUGCCUGACAAUAGACAAUAUAAAACACAAACUGCACAACGCACCCAUCACCCACAUAGAAAUAUACAGAAGUAAAGCAGAAACCAGCAUAAUCACAGCAACAAACGAAGGAGUGCUGAAGAUAACAGACAUAAGAGAUCUAAUCAACUAG